AUGGUGUCAUUAUUUAAAGAAAAAAAUCAUGUAGAUGUACUAAUCUGUGGUGCAGGUCCCGUUGGCUUAUUCUUAGCUAAUGAAUUGGCUGAAUUUGAAAUCAAUUUCCGCAUCAUAGAGAAGGUUGAAAAGCAUCCAGAAAUUUCAAAGGCUCUCUUGGUAGCACCGAAAACUAUGGAAAUUCUUGAUAAUAGAGAUCUUUUAGAUCCAUUCUUGGAACACGGUCUCAAAGUGAAGCAAUUCUGUAUGUACCAAAACGUUCAUGAUACAAGCAAUCCGGUCAAGAUCGAACUUAGCAGCAUGAACGCCAAUUAUGCAUUUGGAUUAAUUGUCCGUCAGAAUAAGACCAUGGAUUAUUUAAUUGAAGCUCUACACAAAAAGAAAUCAAUGGGAAAGAAAAAUAUCCCCAAAAUUGAAUUCUGCAUGGAAUUAAUAAAGUAUGAAGAGAAGAAUGAUCAUAUAAUUGCUGUUGUAAAAAAUACAAAAAACAAUGCAGAAGAAGAAAUUAUAUGCCAAUAUUUAGUAGGAUGCGAUGGUGUACAUUCCGCUGUCAGAAAAGGAAUAAAUGGCUGGACUUUUGAAGGUCAGACGUUGAAAUCUACAUGGGCUGUAGCUGACGUAGAAAUUGAUCAUGAAUUGAUUAAAUACGACCAAGCAACUGCUUUUCCACUUAAUGAAGGACCUAUCGCGAUAUUACCGUUGGAUGCCAGAAAAAAUACUGUCCGUAUCAUUGCUCAAAUGUCUAAAGAGGAAAUCAAAAAUGAAACUAAUGACAACGUUACACAUGGUCUCACACAAGAUACCCAUAUUACACUGGAAGAAUUGCAAAAACUGAUUGAUGAGAGAAUUUCCCCAAUUAAAUUGGAAUUAAAAAAUCCUGUAUGGCUUUCCAAUUUCAAGAUUAAUGAAAGAAUUGUAAAUAGAUAUCGAACAGGGCGUGCGUUUGUCGCUGGAGAUGCUGCUCAUUGUCAUUCGCCAUUUGGUGGUCAAGGAAUGAAUUUGGGAAUUCAAGAUGCUCAUAACUUGGCAUUCAAAUUGGCUCUAGUUAUUAGGGAUCAGACAGCUGACGCUAAUAAACUUCUUGAUAGUUAUGAACAAGAACGGUAUUCCACUGCUAAGAGUGUUGUUGCGGGUACCGGUUUUUUUACAAAAGUGUUGAGUGGUAAUGACUUUUUUACCACAUUCCUUCGAACACGCGUUGCUCCUUUCAUGUUUAAUUUCUUUCCCCAAGCUACAUUUAAAUUCCAAAACAAUUUAUUCCAAAACAAUCUUCAUUACUUGCCUGAAUCUUCUGAGGUUCUUCACAAUUAUAAACCUCUUUCAAGCGCUGAAAACCAAUUGAUUAAAGCAGGCCAUUACGUACUAGACGGAUCAUUAAUAAAAAUAACUCCUCAUAAAAAUCAUGAGCGCAUAACUAUGUUUGAUGUCUUUCGUUCAACUGCGUUGAAGCAUACCUUAAUCCUCUUUACUCUAAACAAGGGCGUCACUGCUGAUUGCAAUCCACUUAUUGAAACUCUGUUGGAGGUAUACAAUAAUUAUAAAACUACUAUCACUCCCAUUAUUAUUUCAUAUCAGGGCGUCGUCAACACUGCUGAUGUACCAUUCAUGCCAUUCCAAGAAGAGGGCAGAGAGCAACAUAUAUUUGUUGAAAGCAAAUUCGAAUUGCAUGAAAAAUAUGGCAUCAUUAAAGAUAUCGGGAAGCAGGCUUUCGUACUUGUUCGACCUGAUUUGUAUGUUGCUGGCGCGGUGUUUGAAGAUGAUGUUGAUGAAUUAAAGGCAUUUUUAGAUGGUUAUUUAUCUAGGGCAGAUAGAUAA